AUGCUCCAGGACAGCCGCUUCGACAACGUGAGAGCGCGGACGCGCAGAACCACCGACCAGCUGGCGAGGGAGACUUACGCCAAAGCAUGGCCGCACGUCGCGGCCAUCAUCCACAAAGUCGAGCACAGAGUUCUUAGGGAGUGGAUCAAGAACCCCAAUCGGCAAGGGCAGAAGGAGCACCUGGAGACGGCCGACCAGGACUGCAAGCUUGGAUGCGUCGCCACUUUUUGCGAAAGGGAACUCGUCAGCACGCACCACUCACCGAGCCCGUGGGGAAGGCCCGCUGAGGCUACCGAUCGCGAGGGACCUAUGGUUGAAGGCGGUGAGGUGGCUCCGCCGGCAACGGCACGCAGUGAACACCGAGACCAGGGCGAGGCCACGGCAGAGGGCAACGACCGUUUGCAGGACAAGGCGCAUGGCGGCAUAUGGCUGGCGAUCGACUUGCACCGCGCGCUCCACUUGGAGAAGGCCGACCAGUACGGCAAGCGCAGCGAACCAGCCGACGAGACCGCGGGCACCGCGGACCGCCCUCCCUUGCAGUGGGGCAAGCCGGCGACUUCGGAAGGGCAUUGGCGUGGAGAGGUCCACCGGCGAGCAGCUUCGUCGAAGGGGCAGCGCGGUGGCAUGAGGGGACACUUCGCGCCCGUCGGCGACGGCAUCACUGGCUGCCAGAAGAGUGGGCUGUACUCCACGACGCCAGGCGCCAAGACCUUCGAGGCCCCCCGCCGUCUGCAGCUGGGCGACCCCGAGGCCGGAGGCAGUCUGAGCCUGCAGGCCCGCGCCCUGGGCGUGCCGCCGACGCUGAAGCGAGGGGCCAUGCCCUGCGAGGGGCCAUGCUCCGUUGAGACGCUGAAGCGAGGGGCCCUGCCCUGCGGGGCGUUCCUUUUUUGGCCUUUGGCCGGGGCGAGCCCGCCCGUGGCCGGGGCUCGCCGCUGCCGCAGAGGCGGCGCCUCCGCCGCGCUGCCGGCGCUGCUGCUCGCCGCCCGGGCGCUGUCCGAGGCCGCCGGCCGGGACUGGAGGUCGGACGAGGACUUCCUCGGUGGCCUCGGCGCCGACGCGCUGGGGCGCACCGUGGCGGACUACGCCAGCGCCCCAGCGGCGCCCCAGGCCGUGCCCUCCCCGCUCGCCGCGGGCCCCCGCGGUGGCGGCUGGUCGCCCGCGGCCUACGGCAGGGCAGGCCCGGGCGCCCGCUGCGACGUCGCGGUGCUCGAGGCGCCUGUGGACCCGAACGAGUUGGUGGAGCACGUGCUGCGCUCGCAGCCCGUGCUGAUGCGCGGCGAGGCGGCCGCCUACAAGUUCCGCAAGAGGUUCCGCAAGGAGAGACUUUCCUUAAGAGGCACGGCCGCAGGAGCAUCAAGGUCAGCACGGUGCCCUACGGCUCUCAGUUCGGCUUGGCGAGCGAUGUCGAGAUGA